UAUCAAAAGUAUUAUAGGGAUGGCGAAAAAUAGUGUUAAUUCCGUUUUGGUACUUCUUGCUUCGGCUUUGGCCACUUACAUUGCAUUUGCUGCUGACCCAGGCCCUCUCCAGGACUUCUGUGUAGCAACUAAUGACCCUAAACAUGUUUUGUUUGUGAACGGAAAAUUCUGCAAGAAUCCGGAGCUGGUGAAGGCUGAGGACUUCUUCUUCUCAGGGAUAGACAUCCCUAGAGACACAAACAAUGCAGUUGGCUCCAACGUAUCCAUGGUGAACGUCGACAACCUUCCGGGGCUCAACACCCUCGGCGUGUCUCUGGCGCGCCUCGACUUCGCGCCAUACGGGUUGAAUCCUCCUCACACCCACCCGCGCAGCAGCGAAAUCCUGGUCGUCACCGAGGGCACGCUUUACGCCGGGUUCGUGUCGUCGGAUGAGGACGGAAACCGCCUGUUUACCAAGACUCUUCACAAGGGAGACGUGUUUGUGUUCCCGAUUGGGAUGAUUCACUUUCAGUUCAACAUUGGGGAGGACCGGGCCGUGGCCUUCGCCGGGUUCGGAAGCCAAAACGAAGGAAGGAUCACCAUUGCGAACACCUUGUUCGGGUCCCACCCUUCCAUCAAGGCUGAGGUCCUUGCUAAGGCGUUCAUGUUGGACAAGGACGUGGUUGAAAAGCUUCAGAAGAAGUUUGGACAGUAAGCUGAUCGUGAUCGAAGCUGGCCUACUUGAUUUACUGUGUACUAUUAAGGUCAAUGUCAUGUUUCUCGCGAUAUAAAUAAUUACGUGCUUAUAUUAUCUUGUAUCUACCUCACGCAACGACUUAUUUGGUCGUGACUUAUAAAUAAACAUGUGAUGGUACGUAUUUCAUAUUGUAUUUCAGAUAUAAAUUUUUGGUAUAUUCCGGGUUUGCUAAUUAAAUAUAUCCCUCUCUACGUC